AUGGAAGGCGAACCUUUGCAACGUGUUACGGAAGUUAAAGAUCUGGGAAUUCGUUUUGUAUCGGAGUUGCACUUUAGGAAGCAUAUAAUGGAUGUCUGCAAGAAGGCAUACCGGAAUUUAGGGUUCAUUUUGCGGCAGGCGAAUCAGUUUACUAACAUCGCGGCAGUAAAGGCGUUGUACGAGGCUUUAGUUAAAAGUCACCUAGAGUACAACGCUGGAGUCUGGAGUCCACACGAGAAUAAGUACAAACUUAUGAUAGAACGUAUACAAAAUAAGUUUACUAGAUUCGUCUACUUAAAAUUGUAUGGUGUGUACCCGGGGUAUCCACUUUUAUACCCAACGUUGUUUGUACUGGGAAUGGUAGGAUAUUACAAGCUUGAGGUGAGACGUGAAGUAGCUCUAGCUACUUAUCUAUUUAAGGUGUUGAGAGGCAAAACUCACAACCCAGCACUACUGGAGGAAUUACGGCUGUGUGUUCCGGACGAGUACGUGUGGCGUAGGAGGCGGCCGCGGCUGCUGGUGGUACCGUGCGCACGCACGAACCUCUUGCAGAAGGCACCACUGACGCGGGCGUUGCACACAUUAAAUACAAUAGCCGAUAGGAUGGACCUAUUUACAUGUACACUCAACGAGUUCACUAGGGUAACAUAUGAGGUUGUGGUAAAGAGUUCCUAUAAUUUGUAA